AUGACUUUGGAGAAUCAAAAACUAACCCAGGAAGAAAUGGAUAUAAUUAUGUCCGAGGCCAGAGCCGGUGAACUAGAAUCAUUGAAAGAGAUCUUUGAAGAAAUACCCAAGGAAUCAUUACUAGACAUUAAAGAUGACAUGACAUUAGCCACCCCAAUUCAUAUGGCUGCCGCAAAUGGCUACUUAGAUACACUUCAAUACCUUCUUUCAAUAAUACCCAAACAAGAUGCCAUAAGUCUAACGAAGGCUAAAAAUGAAACUGGUAAUACCGCUUUACAUUGGGCCGCAUACAAUGGACACUUGGAGGUUGUAAAAUUCUUGGUUGAGGAAUAUGAAGCUGAUGCAUUUGAAAAAAAUGAGGCAGGUCAUGAUUCGAUAUAUGAAGCUGAAAACAAUGGUAAAGUCGAUGUAGAAAAUUGGUUUUUGAAGAAGUACGCUCCAGAAGAGGAUUUCAAAGUUGAAGAGGAUGGUGAAAACACAAAGAUUAGCUAUCAACCGGGUAAAGAAAGUAAAUUGGCUGAUGAUAAUGCUAGGGAUGCUGUAUUUGCGGCUAAAGUGGAAACGGAGCAGGGUAAGAAGAAAGAUAGCAGUCAGCUGCUUGAUGACUCAACUGCUAAGUUAUCCCUUGACUCGUGA